UUGGUUGAAAAGCCCUCGCCACCCACUGCAGUGAAGUACAUAACAAAGCUUCGACAGGGGACACUUCAGAUCAUCAGAGAGCAACAAUUUAACACCAUCCCAACCAGUGUGAGAUUUUCCUUUUUGCAGCUGUUCAGUGCAGGAGCUGAGUUUGAAUAGAAACUGCAGCCUCUCUUGUUGCUAGUUUCGAAUUCAGGAUGUCGGUUGCAAAUGUUUUCCCUGUCGAUGCUGUCACCCUGGUGCUGCUGGGCGUUCUGACCAUUAUCAUCCUGCUGUAUUUCAACAACGGCUUAAAAACUCCCGGAGUCAGUAACUUCCCCCCGGGACCCCCUCCUCUCCCAUUGAUCGGGAACCUGCACAUGUUGGAUCUGAAGAGGCUGAACAAAUCUUUGAUGAAGCUAUCUGAGAAAUAUGGCAAAGUAUUUAGCGUCAAGCUGGGAUCCACAACUACAGUGGUGCUGACUGGCUAUGAAGCAGUGAAGGAUGCCCUCGUGAACAAUGCAGAUGAAUUUGCAGAAAGAGCACACCUCCCAAUAUUUGAAGAAAAUUUGAAAGGACAUGGUCUUAUUUUUGGUCAUGGGGAAUCAUGGAAGCAAAUGCGAAGAUUUACCCUCAUCACGUUACGAAAUUUUGGAAUGGGAAAAAAAACCAUUGAAGACAAAAUAAUUGAGGAAUCAGAUUUUCUGGUAAAAAUGAUUGAUUCUCAUAAAGGCCAACCGUUUAAUCCAACUCUCCAAAUGAGCUGUGUUGUGGCCAAUGUAAUUUGCUCUAUAGUUUUUGGUGACAGAUUUGACUAUGAGGAUGAAAAGUUUGUCAGCUUAAUAAAGAGAGUAAAUGAAAACAUUCAACUUAUUGGUUCACCUAUAGUCCACGUGUACAAUGCAUUUCCACUCCUGAGAUUCCUUCCAGGAUUGCACAAUAAGGUUUUCACCAACGUAGAGCAGAAUGUUGAAUUGCUCAAAGGCUUCUUCAAGGAAAAUCGUCAGAAAUUCGAUUGCAAUGACCUGAGGAGCUUUAUUGAUGCAUUCAUGUUCAGACAACAGAAGGAAUCGGACAACCCAAAUUCAUAUUUCCAUGAAGACAACUUAAUGUAUACGACAAUGCACCUGUUUGCUGCAGGGAUGGAGACCAUCUCAGCCACACUUCGUUGGGGAAUGCUUCUGAUGAUGAAAUAUCCAGAGAUCCAGAAAAAGGUUCAUGAGGAAAUUACCAGAGUUAUUGGAUCGGAACGACCACCCAGAAUUGAAGAUCGGAAAGAUUUGCCUUACACUGAUGCAGUGAUCCAUGAAAUCCAGAGGUUUGGUGACAUUGCACCGCUGAGCAUUCCACGUGAAACAACAGUGGAUGUAAAUUUCAGAGGUUACUUCAUUCCAAAGGGAACCCAGGUGAUUCCAUUGCUGUCCUCUGUGCUGUACGACAAAACCCAAUGGGAGAAACCAGAUGAGUUCAACCCAUCUCACUUUCUGAAUGCUGAGGGCAAGUUUGUGAAGAGAGAUGCCUUCAUGCCGUUCUCUGCAGGUCGGAGGACUUGCACUGGAGAGACGCUGGCUAAAAUGGAAUUGUUCCUGUUCUUUACCAUUUUGAUCCAAAAAUUUAUGUUUCAAGUUCCACCCAAUGUCAGUGAACUGAAGCUUGAGUCUGGUGUAGGUGGAACUUCAUUCCCAAAGUACCCAUAUGUGUGUGCUAGCUGGCAGCGAGCCUCCAUGCCCUGGAACACUGUCAGCAGCGAGCCCUGCAACAGUGCAUGCCAUGUGAGUGCCAGAGCAUUGUGGGGACAUGUCCCACAGCAACACAAGGGGAAGCAGCACCAGAGCAUAGCGCGGGCCAGCGAUGUGUGGGGGAGCAGGCAGCCCGAGGGGCCGACUGAGUGGCUGAGGAUGUCGGUUGCAAAUGUUUUCCCUGUCGAUGCUGUCACCCUGGUGCUGCUGGGGGCUCUGACCAUUAUCAUCCUGCUGUAUUUCAACAACGGCUUAAAAACUCCCGGAGUCAGUAACUUCCCCCCAGGACCCCCUCCUCUCCCAUUGAUCGGGAACCUGCACAUGUUGGAUCUGAAGAAGCUGAGCAAAUCUUUGAUGAAGCUAUCUGAGAAAUAUGGCAAAGUAUUUAGCAUCAAGCUAGGACCCACAACUACAGUGGUGUUGACUGGGUACGAAGCAGUGAAGGAUGCCCUCGAGAACAAUGCAGAUGCAUUUGGAGAAAGAGCACGCAUCCCAAUAUUUGAGGCACUUUCAAAAGGACAUGGUAUUGUUUUUGGUCAUGGAGAGUCAUGGAAGCAAAUGCGAAGAUUUGCUCUCACCACUUUACGAGAUUUUGGAAUGGGAAGAAAAACCAUGGAAGACAAAAUAAUCGAGGAAUCAGAUUUUCUGGUAGAAGUGAUUGAUUCUUAUGAAGGACAACCAUUUAAUCCAACUUUCCAGCUGAACUCGGCUGCGGCCAAUAUAAUUGGCUCUCUAGUUUUUGGUGACAGGUUUAAUUAUGAAGAUGAAGGGCUUGUCGGUUUACUAAAGAGAGUGAAUGAAAAUGUUCAACUUCUUGGUUCACCUAUCAUUCAGCUGUGCAAUGUAUUUCCACUCCUGAGAUAUCUUCCAGGGCCACACAAUAAAGUUUUGAUCAAUGCAGAGAAGACCGUUAACUUCUUCAAUGGCAUUUUCAAAGAAAAUCUUCAGAAACUAGAUAAAAACCACUUGAGGAGUUUUAUUGAUUUAUUCAAGGUCAGACAACAGAAGGAAUCAGACAACCCUAAUUCAUAUUUCCAUCAAGACAACUUAACAUACACGACAAUGCACCUGUUUGCUGCAGGGAUGGAGAGCAUCUCAGCCACACUUCAUGGGAGAAUGCUUCUGAUGAUGAAAUAUCCAGAGAUCCAGAAAAAGGUUCAUGAGGAAAUUACCAGAGUUAUUGGAUCAGAACGACCUCCCAGAGUUGAAGAUCGGAAAAAUUUGCCUUACACUUAUGCAGUGAUUCAUGAAAUCCAGAGGUUUGGUGACAUUGUACCACUGGGCAUGACACAUGAAACAACAGUGGAUGUAAACUUCAGAGGAUACUUCAUUCCAAAGGGAACCCAUGUAAUUCCAAUGCUGACCUCUGUGCUUCAUGAUAAAACCCAAUGGGAGAAACCAGAUGAGUUCAACCCAUCUCACUUUCUGAAUGCUGAGGGCAAGUUUGCGAAGAGAGAUGCCUUCAUGCCAUUUUCUGCAGUUCGAAGGAUUUGUGCUGGUGAGUCCCUGGCUAAAAUGGAGCUGUUCUUGUUCUUUACCACUCUGAUACAAAAAUUUAAGUUUCAAGUUCCACCAGAUGUCAGUGAACUGGAGCUCGAGUCUGUUGUGGGUGCAACUUCAUUCCCAAAGUACCCAUAUGUAUGUGCUGUGCGUCGCUGAUGUAACCACCUCAUUCAUGAUUUUCUUGAUUUUCAUGCAUAUAAACUUUUAUUCAUUUCAAUAUAUGUGUUUUCUUGUUUCUUCACCCAAUGUCU